AUUGUGAGAAGAAGAAAGGCCCCUGUGAUCCAAAUCCAUGCUUAAAUGGUGGCGUAUGUGAGGAGAGCCACAACGGAUUUGUUUGUCAUUGCCCAGAAAAAUUUGGGGGUCUUUACUGUGACUCCCGAGUUGACUUCGAUUGCAUGUCAUACGCAUGUCGGGAGGAACAAAUUUGCACUGCAGGGGAGCGUGCCUCGGAAUGUGUCUGUGCAGAUGGUAAUGUGGUCCCAGCAUGCAGGAAGCAGCAGAACCUGUGCAGCCAGUCACCGUGUCUCAACAAUGCCACCUGUGUGUCCAGGGGAAAUGAUUACGUCUGCAGAUGUCUGAGAGGGUUUUCCGGGAAGAAUUGUGAAGAAAUAAUUGACUACUGCAGGCUGCUCAAUAUCAACUGCCUAAAUGAGGGAUUGUGCUUGAGGAUAAUUGGCGGGUAUCAGUGUGUUUGUGCCCCAGGAUGGAUUGGAGAGUUUUGUCAGUAUGUAGGCGAUGCCUGCCUGAUAGAACCAAACAGCUGUUUGAAUGGAGCCACAUGCACUACAACAAGUCAGCCAUCAUCCCCUCCACAGUACACCUGCAAAUGCCCUCCCGGCUUCACAGGAGCGAACUGUGAGACUGAGAUCAGUGAAUGUGACUCCAACCCCUGUCAGCACAAUGGCACAUGCUUUGACUUCCUAGGACACUACGAGUGCCAAUGUCCUACAGUACGAGCGAACUGUGAGACUGAGAUCAGUGAAUGUGACUCCAACCCCUGUCAGCACAAUGGCACAUGCUUUGACUUCCUAGGACACUACGAGUGCCAAUGUCCUACAGGAUUUCUGGGAAAGAAUUGUGAAGUUGAUAUAGAUGCUUGUGCUCUACCCAACAACACAUGUCCACCAAGGACUCAGUGUUUGGAUCUCCCAGAUGCUCUUGACUAUGUCUGCCGUGUACCCUGUCCUCAAAACCUUCAACCAUGUGCCAACGGAGGACGAUGUGUGCUGAAUAAUCCUAGUAGCUAUACCUGUAUCUGUGCACCUGGUUGGUCUGGUCAGAACUGCCGCAUAAAUGUCAACAGUUGUGUUCGACAUUGGUGUCAGAAUGGAGCCACUUGUGUGGAUGAGAUUGAUGGUUACAGCUGCCUUUGUCCCAGAGGAUACACAGGCAUCUACUGUGAGGAGGACAUUGAUUACUGUGUUGGCCAUCACUGCUCUGAACAUGGUGUUUGCCUGGACCAGCAGUAUAACUUCACCUGCCGCUGCAUGCUCGGAUUUGAAGGGUCGCUCUGUGAACUGGAAACAAAUGAGUGCAACAGCUUCCCCUGUGCAAGCGGAGCCACCUGUGUGGACCUAAUCAGUGAUUAUCGGUGCCACUGCCCCAAAGGGUUUGAGGGAAGGACCUGCUCUGAGAAUGUAAAUGAUUGCUGGUCGCAGCCAUGUCUAAAUGGAGGCUCGUGUAUGGAUCUGAUAAAUGACUACAUUUGUCAUUGUCCUCUUGGGUUCAAGGGGAAAGAUUGCUCUGUGGAUAUUGACCUUUGCUCAUUUGGAAUGUGCAGUGAGCACACAUUAAUAUGCGCAGAGACCAAAGGUGGACAGAAUGUGUCUUGCACAUGUGAAAGAGAUCACUACUCAAGGGCAAACUGCGAGAUGCUGCCUCGUCUAGAUGGUUCAGGUCGGCAGUCUUGGCAUCCACGUUAUCUAAUGCUUGCCAACCUAAUGUGGUGA